CCAAUUUUGUGGAUCUCCAAGAGACAAAAAAGCAUUAAUGAAUAACACUUUUCAGACCAUGUUGGAAUGAGUGUUGUAAGUUGUAACACGGGAUCACUGUGGAAAAUUACAAAGUUCAGGGACUUUGUUUUCCUAAAAGCAAUGUUCGUGGGCUGAUUUGGAAAUUAUGAAAUUCAGGGUCACGAAUUUGCAUUAAAUCAUUAUUCAUACAAAUUCGGGAAAAAAUAAAUAGAACUUUUUGACACGGCGUGGCGACUUGUCGUUUCAACUGCUGAACCGAACUGGGUGACUUUCUUUUUUCCAGCGCCUCAACCCACCGACGCCGGGGGGAAAGCGGAGCAAUGGCGGAAUCCGAAACUAGGGAUCAGCUAACCUCCUUCUUACAGUCCGGCAUUUACCGCUUCAGCAACUCCGCCGUCCCCGUCGUCUUCAUGGACCCAGUACGCGUCCUCAAUCGCUCAUAUUCCCGAGUUAGGGUUUCUCCUUCCACAUACUACUCCCGCUUCUUCAGUUCCAAUGUCGCCGCCGAUGGCGUCCUCCGUGAAACCGAGCUCUCUUCAAGUUCGAAGAAGCGGAAGCGAAAGGAGAAGAAGCCUCUGACCUUGAACGAACGAGAACAAGCUGCCGACCAGCGCCACCAGCAAGUUCGGCCGAUGUUGUUGAAAGCGCACAAAUGUUUGAUCGGAGCUGCUGAGCUUCUGGGUGUACUCAGAAGUUUAAGCUGGGAUUCCUCUUCCACAGCGGAACGCCGGGAACUAACCGCCGGCGGAACUGAGCCCUCGUUUCUUGAGCUCGGAAAAGUCUGGCAAGCUCCCCUUUACGAAAUAACCCUCAACGUUCCUCGAACUUGCGGGAGCAACGAAAAUGAAGGGGACAAUGUUGAUCAAUGGUGUGACCAGCGAGUGGUUCCUGUGUUUGACAAUUUGGUUGUGAAUGAGAUUGGUGAUGAAGUGGAAGCAGAAUUCCUGAGCAGGAAAUAUGUGAUACCUCGACAGAGUUGCUUCUACAUGUCUGACCUGGGGAAGAUUCACAACCUGAUCCCUGCUGAUCCUGGCAGCGGCUUCAAUCUUAUACUGAUUGAUCCCCCAUGGGAAAAUGCGAGUGCUCAUCAGAAACUAAAGUAUCCGACUUUGCCUAACCGGUAUUUCCUGAGCCUUCCCAUUAAGAAGCUCGGCCAUUCGGAUGGAGCUCUUGUAGGGUUAUGGGUGACCAAUAGGGAGAGGUUGAGAAAUUUUGUCGAGGAAGAGUUGUUUCCUUCAUGGGGAGUUACUUAUGCUGCUAGCCUGUUCUGGUUGAAGGUCAAAGCCGAUGGAUCAUUGACCAGUGAUUUGGACCUAUUUCAUCACAGGCCAUAUGAGUGCCUUCUUUUGGGCUACUGCAACGGGGAGGGUGAUGGUUCUGAACUGCUGUCGGGAAUGGAAGAAACUAUGGAGGAUCAAAUCGUGAUAAGCAUCCCGGGAGAUUACUCGAGAAAGCCACCAGUUGGAGAACUUCUGCAGAAAUAUGUGCCAGGCGCUCACCCUCCUCGAUGUAUCGAGCUUUUCGCGAGGGAGAUGGUCGCCAGAUGGACUUCGUGGGGUAACGAGCCUCUUCGCUUUCAGGAUUCCCAUUUUUUUUUUCGCUGAAUCAGGAUGAUACUGUUGUACUACAAUGAGACAGAUCAGAUUCAGAGGAUGUAUGUAUUUUUCUCAUCAGGAAUCUGUUGCACCCUAUCUGGUCCCUUAUUAGAUUGGUGUGGUCAGAGUCCCAUAGUCGGACAAAGAAUGAAAGACAAUUGGAUGGAUAGUGGGCAGGCCAGUCCAAGUCGGGCCCAAACAAAUGAGGUCCGGUCAAAUAGAAAGAUGGACAGCGAAAGGAUAAACGAACCAAAACCCACGGCAGAACCAAAAGAAACAAUAAUGAUUAAUGAGAAGCCCCUUAGUCUGAGAACAAAACGAACAAAAACAAAGGAUCAGAGCCCAUUGUCACAUAUGAAACCCAGCCAGCAUGCUUUGCUGGUCCAUUCCUUCACUGUCAUUCAAUUCACUUUUCUUUGAUAGGUUGACCAAUUAUUGCAGUUCAUGAACCUAUUAACAAGUUGUGUUGAGCUUCUGAUGUUGUUGCUAACAGGUCCUUUAUGUAGCAUAAACGCGAUGGAAGAUACAAACUAAGUGGGCCUAAGUGGUUGUUUGUAUGCUAUGGGAGAAGGAAAGUGGACACAAUGAACAUGAAAUCCACAUUUCAGGGAGUGACCAUGUGCAUCCAAGCACUGUGAUAUGCCAGAUUUGUACAAAGUUUAAAACUCAUAAGUUGUAAGUUAGUUUUUCGAAAGGAGAAGAGCGAAGGAAAUUUUCUUUGUAAGUUAUAGGUUAUCCGAAGGCGAGUAAAACGCAAUCGAACUGAACAAACGAAGGAGAAAGGCAACCAGUCGAAUAAGAAGAAGGGGGCGUCGAGAGCAGCUCAAGUCGAAUCGGCAGAAAGUCCCGUCCCUGAGGCUUACAAGCGAACAACUUCAGCGUCUCGUUCGAUUCCUCAACACGGGGAGUGCUGCACCAACAAAUCAGAAUUCGAAUUCAACAGUUUGGGAGGAUAUGUAAGGAUCCAUCAAUUCGACUUAUAGAGGAUCACGUGACUUCUUCCACUUAGAUACGACAUACAAAGCAUGAUCAAUAGGGUUUUCGAACUGAUCAUUAGGUUAUCUCUUGUAAUAUGCCUCCAAGCACAAUGUUUUGGAAUACAUAAUAAUUUCCGCCAAAUUGCUUUAAAUCAUUCCACUUUUGGACUAGCUAUGCAAGCAGCUUUUUAUGAGGAACUAUUAUUAUUAGUUUAGCGGCUAGUUUAGUACUUUGACAUCUUUAAGUCUAUCAGGGUUUUCGGGUAAGACUCAAUAUAAUGCACACAUUAGUAAUUUUCAUCAAAAUUAUUAAUCAAACAUUUCCUAUCCGCCCCUUAAAUCCCUAACACAUAUUUAUUCUGCUUAUUCUAGUCCUCCAGUUAAUCUCAGAUGCCAAGAUACUAAACUAGCGAGGUAAACCUAGCUCAAUCAUACCAUCAAUUGCAGAACCUAGCUAGCCCUCGAGAUGUGGCGCACAGGCCACAACCUCGGUUUGGCAUUUAAAAAUACACGUCCAAAUCUAAGAAAAUUAUUCAUGGAUAAAUUCCAAAUUAAACCAUGUGUUAGCUUAUACUUCUGAUUCGAGGCUACCCAUGAAGAUUCAUUUUCAACCAAGUCAUCGUAAAUAAUGUGGUCAAUAAUAUAUGUUUUGUUCCACAACUUGAAGUCCCUUCUAUCCAAACCACCAUAUGAUCACAUUCAGGUUGAACAACAUAUAACCAAGCAACUUCUAGAAUGCUGGCUGGCCAUCAAUGCCCCAAAAGAACUCACUACACGAUUACUACAAGAUCUCCCUAGCAACAAGUAGCACGAACUGGAUCAUUUGUGAAAAUUUUGAUAUUAUCUGCAAAGAGCUUUUGCGUCGAGGAUGGAAAGAAAGCUAAGAACCCAAAGUAGUCUUAAGCAAUAAGUAAGAUAACACGUC